AUGGCCUCUCCUCUGCCUCCUGAUCCCUAUGCCGCCCUCGGAAUUUCCAAAGACGCGGAUAGAUCGGCUGUCCGCAUUGCACAUCGCAAACUCGCCCUCAAGUAUCACCCCGACCGCAUAAAGAACGAGACACUCCGAGAGAAGCACUUGGAGGAGUUUGACAAGAUCCAGCGAGCCUACGAGCUUCUCAGUGAUCCCGUACGGAGAUCACGCUACGAUGACAGAGUCAGGCUGGCAGAGCUGCGGAAAGAGGCAAUGAUGACAGGCCAGCCACCCAGCACCUUCAGGUCGUCGAGAAGCUACCCCAUAAGGCCGCCUCAGCCCCAGCCUCGACAAGCUCCUCCACCUGUUCGUGAGUUCCGAGAUUAUGAAGAUUUCGUUGAAGGGCCCCGACAACGCAAGAGGGCUCCCGCUCCUCGUCUGUCCAAACCUGCCGAGAACACGAAGAAGGCUCCGCCCAGUGUACCAUCCAUGGCGGCAGCUGCAGCAGCCGCCGCAGUCGAAGCGAGACUUUUCCAGAAUUUGCAAAGCAGCAAAGGUGAGGAGAAGAGGGCGGACAGGGAAAAGCGAGAAAGAAGCGAAAAACUCCGGGCAAGGAGGACUAGCUACUUUACUUUUGGCGAUCUUUCUGAUAGCGACUUGGACUACACUGAGAAUAAGCCUUCGCCCAAGACGAGCUUUCGGUCCAAAUCACCAGGUCAGUACAAGUCAGCCGCAGGAAACCCUCGCCGAUCGACAUCUCGGAUCAAGAAAACUCGUGGCCUUGACGAAGAGAGUCGCAAAGUUCGGUCGGAAAAAGGAUGGGAGGGGGUUCUCAUUGAGAGCCUCGACGCAAACUCUCUAGAUAUCGGACUGAAUCCCUCCAAUACAUACCAAAAUGGAGACGGCAAGUGGGAGGGAUAUUCAAGACGAAGAACCCAGAAAAGUGGCUGCGACAGUGAGAGACAAAUUGCAUACUCACCUCAGACUGAAGACUACUUCACCCCUCCGCCACCGGCUAGGAUCCCGGUCAAUUAUCGGAAGGUCCACGUUGAGGAGGGUGUUCCAUCCGGAGUGAACCGAAAUCGAGAACGGGAUCAAGAUGGUCAGCAUGAAAGAUAUCCUGACAUGCAUCAACCAAAUGUGGUGCCAGCUGGCCUUCAACGCAUCCGCACCGCACCGAUUCCCAAAGCAUCAGAAAGGGCCGCGGCUCCGUCUGUAGAUUCGGACCUGAAGUACGGGAAGAGCCAAACGCAUGCUUCCGGUUACAGGUCAAGUCCACAUACUGCUGAGAGGAGAGAGGAGAGCCCACCUGCUAAACAUAAGUCGCGGCGCACAUCCUCCCACAAUUAUCUAAUCGAAGUCGAUAGGGAUCUCCCAGAAGCCACGCGGUCCAACAAGAUGUACGACGAGUCUGAAAGCUCCUACACUUUCCAGCCUAUUCUCGCGCAGCUUCGCCAGCCGGUUCAGUUGGCAGCAACGACAGUGGCCAAUCAGUCCCCCCACGGACUAAUAAAACCUGGCCGACCGUAG